GACGGUGACGCGCGGUCACGUGGGCUUAACUCCGGGCACUUGUACCACAUUCGGGCGCUGUGUUCACCGCCAUCGACGUUGCCAGUGCCCAACGGUUGUGGCCCCUAGCUCGGAAGCAUACAGACAGCGAGCACGCUAUGCAUUCACGGACGGCAUUUCUGUGGGCCCGCUAUGCAUGGCGGACUCGUACAAAAUGCAGCAGCCAAAGAGGGACGGGUUCGCCGACGAACCUGUUCGUGAUACGAAGCCGCGAAGAUGUCUACCAGCUGGGGAAAGAUCAACACGAUUGCGGGCCUGGAGGAAAGGUUGUUUCUCGGGACCCUCGAUGCUGCUAUCUCCCCCCGAACGUUGUCCGACAGGCGCAUCACGCACAUAGUGUCUCUUGGCAGAGAGCCUAUUCCGGCAGACAAUCCCGCGUCCGGCAUCCAGCAUCUGCGUAUCCCUGUUGAAGACAUGGACUACGCUGACCUGUUGAUUCACCUACCGUCGGCGUGUCAGUUCAUACACAACGCCCUGAGCUAUAGGGGAGUUGUGCUUGUGCACUGCGUCCAGGGCCUUUCGCGCAGUGCAGCAGUCAUCGCUGCGUACUUGAUGUAUUCCAGGAGAAUUAGCCCCACUGACGCGGUCGCAGAGAUUAGAAAGACGCGCGAGCAGGUGUGGAUCAAUCCAGGAUUCAUGGAACAACUCGUACUCUUCGAACUUUGCCGCUACGCGCCGUCGCCCCAGGAGGGUAUCUACGUGAAGUGGCGCCAACGGAUCCAACGCACUCUCCAGAACACUUCUUCCUAGAUCAUUUCCCAGCAACACAACAGCGCAAUAUGUAGCACCAAUUCCCUAGAGCUUGUAUCUCACCUGUGCUGUUAGUGCUCUCCUCGCUCUCGCGUACCAUAGACCGCCGCAUUCGAAACUACGGUAGAACGAUCUACCCGCAUCUGUACAAUCCUGUUCUCCUCCCCCAGUCACAUAGAGACUACAUCACCGUCCUAGCAGUAGCACUCCGUUCCAACGUUAUAGAUUAUUUGAUUACCGAA